AUGAAUGCAACCCCCGAGAUCAUGGCCCGCAAAGGCGAGCCUGACCCAGACAGCUUCGUCAAAGCCGACGCCUUCACAAAGGAAACAUACAGAGACCUCUACCCCGCCAUCAACCCCACACGCCCCAAUCUCUCGCAAAGUGGGAAGGUAGUGAUCAUCACAGGCGCGAGCCGCGGACUGGGACGAUCUUCCUUUGCUGCGUCGUUUGCACGCGCCCGUGCAGAUGCCAUCAUUCUUCUGGCGCGAUCGAGGGAAAAUCUGGCCGAGACGGAGAAGAUGGUCGAGAAUAUCAAUCCGUCUACAGAAGUCCAUUCAAUUGCCGUGGAUAUCAGUGACCACCACGCUGUCAAGCGUGCAUUCGACGAGAUCAGCGAGCGGCUCGGGGCUCGUACGCCACAGGUCCUCGUGAAUAAUGCUGGGGUGGUCUCUUCGCAAACUCCGAUGGUGGAUGACGACCCAGACUUCUGGUGGAGGACUCAGGAAGUCAACCUCCGGGGUACGUUCAACGUCACUCACGCGUUUCUGAAAAUGGUUGGCCCGAGCCCUGCUGCUUCGACGACAGUCAUCAACAUCACCUCCGCGGCAGGCCACUACGUGAGUCCGAAUCUGAGCUCUUACAGUAUUAGCAAACUGGCCAUCACGCAGUUCACUGCGUAUCUUAAUGCUGAACUUCCACAUAUCACCAGUGUGAGCCUUCACCCCGGCAUGGUCCUUACAGAUAUGGGAAGAAGUGUCCCUUGGCUAGCACCGUUCAUGAAAGAUACGGCGGAGCUAUGCGGUGGUACUGCCGUCUGGCUGGCCAGCGGGGAUAAACACUUCUUGUCGGGGAGGUACGUAGCUGCUAAUUGGGAUGUAGAAGAGCUGGAGGCGAGGAAGGAGGAGAUUGUUCAAGAGAAUCUGCUUACUGUUCGUCUCACUGGGCGCUUUGGGGAGUAG